ACGUGAUUGAAUUAAAGUGUAUUUUUUUUAAUUUACUUAACCCAUUUUAUCAAUUUAUUCAAAACCAUUUCCUAGGCACCAUGGCGAUACCACUACUCGGAAAGGUGGUGAUGGUAGCUCUAGCCCUGGGGGUGGUGGGUGGUAUGACGGCUGUGAUCAUCCUCAUAAUAAACGAUGGAACCACUGAAGGUACCACUACCACAAACCCAACGACCAUUCGACCCUCUACCAGCGAAAACGACCCAGAUUUAUUCCACGUGGGAGUUGGUAUUGCGGACAUGACAGGACCAUGUGUGGAGAUUAAUUUUAUGGGCUACGCCGAUCUAGACCAAACUGGGGCUGGUUUACACACUAGGCAGUUCUCUCGAGCGUUUAUAUUCCUGAAAGGGAACACUAGGGUGGUGUUAGUGACUGCUGAAGUACAGGCUGUUGGCAUCGCUGUUCGGCGAGAGGUAGUAAAGAAUCUACAAAAUUUAUACGGUAACAUGUACAGUCUACAAAAUGUGAUAAUCACGGGAACGCACACACACAGCGCGCCGGGCGGCCAUCUUGUGGACUUUAUUCUGGAUAUUUCUAUACUGGGUUUUUCUAGAGAGAGCUAUGAUGCCUAUGUGGAUGGUAUUACGCGGAGUAUAAUCCGCGCACACGAGAACAUGACUCCAGCGCGUCUAUACGUCGCGAGUACGCGUGUGUGGCACGCACACAUGAACAGAUCGCCCUAUUCGUACAUGUAUAACCCGGAAGAGGAAAGGAGUAGAUACGACACAAACACAGACAACGAGCUAACCCAAGUGCGUAUAGUAAAACCUGAUGGUACCCUACAUGGGGUGAUGAACUGGUUCGCAGUACACACAACCAGCAUGAAUAUGACCAAUAAACUGGUCUCAUCUGAUAACCUUGGGUAUGCCGCUAUGAGGAUGGAGGCGGAAUUGAACCCGGGAAUAGCUGUUGGCAAGCCAGCUGUAGUAGCUGGUUUCUUCUCAGCCAGUCUCGGUGACGUGUCCCCAAACACGCGUGGUGCUCGCUGCGAGUUCAGUGGCAAGGAGUGUGAUAACCAAUUCCUGUUAUGUGAUGCAGGAGAAUUGUGCUUUUCCAUGGGCCCUGGGGAGGAUAUGAUUGAGAGCACUAAGAUUAUAGGAACAAGAGUGUUCCAGGCUGCUAUGGAAGUACUAAAUUCAGAAGCGCAAGAGUUAGAUGGAGAACUGGCCGUAGUGCAUCAAUUUGUGGAAAUGUCUGAAGAAACUGUACCUAAAUAUGACCCUGUGUCACGCACUUUUAAUACGAGCAACCCUGUAAAAGGCUGUGUUCCUAGCUUGGGAUAUAGUUUCGCUUCAGGCACAAUAGAUGGCGCCAACUUACUCAACAUCACACAGGGCACAGUAAACAGCAAUCCACUACUAGACCUCUUAAGUGGUAUAGUAGCAAAACCAACUGCAGAAGACGUGGAAUGUCACGCGCCAAAACCUAUUCUACUUGCUACUGGGAGGGCAAACUUCCCAAUCCCCUGGCACCCCCACACAAUAUCCAUCUCCCUCAUAAUGCUGGGUAAUUUUGCCAUUGCGGGAGUUCCCGGGGAGCCCACCACUAUGGCCGGGAGGAGGAUAAAGGAGGUGGUGGGAUCUGUGAUGGAGGAUAGAGGAUAUGGGGGGAGAGUGGUGGUGGGGGGAUUGACUAAUGAGUACAUACAUUAUGUUACCACUUUUGAGGAGUAUCAGAUCCAAAGGUAUGAAGCAGCGUCCGUGAUAUACGGGCCCAACACUCUGGACAUAUUCCUCAACAAGUUUAGAGAGUUCACUGCCGUUGCUAUUGAGGGUGGGAACUUACCCCCGGGGCCAGAACCGCUAGACUCCCGGGACAACACGAUCUCUCUCAUUUUACCCGUUGUCAUGGAUACGGCCCCGUUUGGGACAAACUUCGGAGAUGUUCUCGAACAGCCCCCGGGGACAGUGGGCCCUGGGGACAUUGUUAGUGCUAGUUUUGUAGCAGCAAACCCUCGGAACGACUUGCUCCAAGAAUCGAGUCACGCGGCGGUCGAACGACUCGAGCUUGGCCACUGGGUGAUGGUGGUAUCUGAUGCUGUUUGGAAUACUAAAUUCAAAUGGAAACGCGAGUCAACAAUACUAGGCACAAGCACAGCAUCAUUCGAAUGGGAAAUCCCUCACAGUUCCCUUCCCUCUAACCUCCCGCACAGAAUUGUGUACAGGGGAACGGCCAGGAGCGUGUCGGGCAGGCUCAGGAGUUUCCAAGGAGCUACGAGGAAUUUCACUAUUGGAUAUAGAAUAAAUAUUUAG